UCACCUUGCUCUCCAUAAUAGGCCUACUCGGUGCCCUGUCACACGGGGUGCUUGCAUCCCGUCGCAGUAUCUUUGGAGAUCCAGGAAUGAGAAGUAAGGCGCUGCAUAUGGCUAUAGAAGGAUGGAACUUCUGCAACAGAGCAGGUGCGAAUGCUCAUCCUUCCCCACGGUACGCUGACUGUUUCGACAUGAAGUCGCUCGGCCCGGGUGUAGGUGGUAACAAAAUUCGCGAAUCGGACAACCAGUUAGCUCCACCUCAACCAAUACCCGGAAUGUCUCACACACCUAGUGAUAUGGAGCUGUAUACCGAAGAGAAAGAACGCUAUCUGGGAGACCUCUGUCAAACCAAGUCUCUAGGCCCGACGGGUGGAAAUUGGUCAUUCUGGACUCAGAUGCUUAAGAGUGGAAAUUUUGAUGCGAGUCUUAACCAGUGCUCAAAAGCAGACUCUAGACAGUCACACGAAUUAGGUUUCCGUCUACCACCGCGUUCUCUUCAGUACGGGCAUUCGGGUCCGAUGAAUCAGCCUGUCAUACAUAACCAGUGGUCGUCUAUAGACACAGUGGGAAUGAUCCGAGGCGGUUUCAAUGGAUCAUAUGAUAACUUUAAUUCGUCAUUCUUCAGUGUUCAAUGGUUUAAAAAUGAGCGAGGUUCUUGGGUUCUUCAGAAUGAGUUGCAGACCGGCGGUCAAUAUCCUUACCUGAUGCUGUACAACCGAGCAGACAGCACACGGCUGGGAAACGGAGGUUACCCCUGGGAAGGGAGAGGCGUCCUACUUGAACCAGCCAAGUCUCCAGGCUUUGUGAUGCAAAUACUGUUGAAUGUGACGGAGUGCAAUGCACCCGGUGCUCAGUUUUACAUGCCUGAAUUCGGUGGCUGCUGGAAGAACGACGGCAGUCCUUGUGAUGGAGAUCUAGCCACCGAUUGUACAAGAUACGUUUGCUUCAUUAUAAACCCGGGCGUCUUCGGUCACAAAGGCUGCUCCCCAACAAGUCCACACCGAUGCCCUCCGUACCACGUCCUUACCAACGGUACUCUCGUCAGUAGAAACGAUACGAAAAAUUUUCCAUAUGACUGUUAUUACUACUGGUGUGCUCCUCCCAAUUCCAAUGCACCCAGUAGCGAAAAAUGUGAUCCGUACAGCAAUCCGAUGUCACAAGAGCUUGUGCAGAUCUUGCCUUGUAGUGAAUGGGGAGAGCAUGGAUUUCCAAGUAAAUUGGGAGAUGGGUGGGUUGGAGAUGCUCGGCUGUGGACACUGCAGGCUGGAGAUCUUGCUAACCGAGUGUACUUCACGGGAUCUGAACCGAAGGGAGGACGAGAAUGGCUUAGUCUAGAGAUCGGACCGGAAGUUUACCAGAGCAGCUCCUUGAUACGCUGGGAUGUGUCCGAUUGGGAUGUUCUGCAAACUGAUGCAUUGUAAUUAUUGCAUUCAGUUUAUGACUUCUAUUAAUCGCCGCCAUGUAACAGAUAAUAAAAAAGUAAUUAAACUAC